GUAUACUUACAAUUUAAUGUGAACUUUUGUAAAAUCGAUAUCAGCAUGACUUUUUAAAAAUCCACCACAUCCUAAAAUAUCUUGGGCAAUAAUUUCACUAGAGAAAAUCAAUAAAUAAUUUAGAAAAAGAACGAUACUUAUUCGCUUUUCAAACAUCUUUAUAAUCGUCUGCUACUGAAGUGAAAUUGUCGCUACGACAUAACCUCAUUUGAUACACAUGCGCUAUCUAGCAUGUAUUUAGACUCACGUUAUAAAUAUUUGUUAAUGUCAAUGAGGACGACAGAACUUAAUUUAAUGAUAAUACAGAAAUUAAAAGCCCUAGAAAAAUUUUGUACCUAGGAAAAGGGCAGGGUGAUUAGUUCAAUUUAAGUGUGAAAAAAAUUUUUAAAUCAAUAUAUAUCGUUGAAACCAAAAUGGUUAAGAUAGCAUUGAAAAUCAAAGUAUUGUUGGAGAAUAUAGAAGAAUUGAAGUCCUCAGGAUUAAGCCAUAAUUGGUAUUUUAAAUUUAAAUGUUGCAAUUGUGGUGAAAUAACAAAGAAAUGGUGCUCUGUUUCUUUAGAAGAUUCUAUCCCAAGUACAAAGGGAAAUGCUGUGAAUCAUUUUCUAGCUAAAUGCAAGCUUUGUGGUCGUGAAAACUCUAUGACUAUUGUAGAAGAUUCUAUCAAAUCGUUUACUGCUGAAGAUCAAGGGAGAUUUAAAAAAAUCGUUAUAUUAGAUUGUAGAGGACUAGAACCUUGUGAUUUUUCUGCACGAGAAGGAUGGAUCGCAAAAGCUAUAGACAAUGGUACAGAAUUUACGGAUGUUGAUUUAUAUGAAUAUGAAUGGAUUGAAUAUUGCGAGAAAAUAAAGAAACCUGUUGGAAUAACCGAAAUUGAGCACAGAUUUGAAAGAGUUAAAUAAAAUGUCUAUUCAUAAAAUGAUGUAUAUAAAAUAGUUCUCAGUUAGUGUUUCUUUAUUGUUUUAAUUAAUUAUUAAGUUUAUACAAUCUACAUGUAUACCCUUCUGGUUGAAAAUUGUUAGAUUGCAUUUAUUCAUUAUACUCAUUAUCAUACUUUCUAAAGUAUGGAUAUUUUGUAAUUGCAAUUUAGAAUAACACAAAAGAUUAUUUACUUACUAAGUAUAUUGUUUACUUACUAAGUAUAUUGUUUAUAUCAACUAUGUACAAAGACCUUGAAUAAAGCAGUAAUUUCAUAAUGCAUAAGUAUCUGUGUUUUUGUUUCUCAUAAAGUAAUUGCAUUUAAAAGUAACAUAUUACUGCUGAAUUUAAAUGUCAACUUAAACAUAUUAAUGUUGAUUUGUAAGGAUAUGAGUAUACAAAUUGACACAUAACUCUAACGACAUAAUAUAAUUUAUUCAUAAUCAUAUAAAAAAACCAUUUAAUUUCAUAAAUGGCUCAAUACACAGGAAAUAUCAUUCGCAACAAUUAUUUUGUUAUUCCUCUGAAUAUGUCCAAACCUGCCAAUUGUUGCCAAAACAAAUGCCUGCAAUUAUGAUCACAAAUUAACAUUAAAACUUUUCUUUUCCUUUUCUUUUUUUCUUUUUUCUUUUUUUUAACUAUUUUUUAAAUUAUGAAUGAGAAUCUCAAAUAGAAAUUUUAAAUGUUAGAUGUAUAACGUGCUAAUGUUCUAUAUACUUCUGGAAUGUGUUGAUGCAACUAAUGAAAAUAAUUAUAUUCAUAUGUAUUAAUCUUCUUGACGUGUAAAUUGUAAAAUUAUAAUCUUCAUUGAUUAAAAACUAAGUCUGUACAGUU